CUUGGCUGACACAGUCUGCUGUAUCAUGUCGUCGUAGUUCGGCUUCUCAGCCACAAACCCCCAGAAUAAACAUGUUAUUUGGGCGUAAAUCUGUCCUCCGGUCGCCUGUGGAGCUGGUCCUGGGGGUCGCGGUGUGUUUGGGAUGUUUAUCGGCGCGUUCCGGAGCGGAGGGGGACGUCGGUGUAUGGUACCAGGACCUCUGCAGUUACACAUGGGAGGCCAUAGAUCAGGAUAACAAAGUCAGCUACACGUUGAAGCUCUGUGAGUCUUCACCGGACACGAGCUGUGGAUCCGGGACGGCGGUCUGCGCUCGAGACCCAACCACCAACACCAACCACUCUGUGGGUGAGCUGUCCCAGCAGAAACGGUCUGGGAAGGUACUGGAUUACAACAGCGCCGAGAAAUGUCCAGGAAGCAGCAACAACGUCCAGACCAGCAUCAGCUUCCAGUGUGGGAAAACCAUGGGAACCCCAGAGUUUGUGGCCGUGGCUCAGUGUGUGCAUUACUUCGAGUGGAGGACGUACGCCGCCUGCAAGAAAGACAAAUUCAAGCCUCACAAAGAGGUUCCGUGCUACACAUUCGACUCUCAGGGGAAACACGACCUGAACCCUCUGAUCAAAGUGAACGACGGCUACCUGGUAGACGACGGCGAUGACACCGUCGACCUCUACAUCAACAUCUGCCGCAGCCUCGACCUUCCAGGUAAAUCGUGUCCAGAGGGCACCGCAGCAUGUCUGGUCACCAGUCACGGCUCCUACGACAUGGGCUCUCCGACCUCACGGCUGGAGAUGUUGUCCAGUGACAGACUCAGAUUACACUAUGAGACGACCACUGACUCUCCUCCUGCCAUGUGUAACGGACACACUCCUGCUGUCACCAUCACUUUCAUCUGUCCAUCAAGCAGAAAUUCGGGCAGCACUCCCAGGAUGACCGGAGGCUUGAACUGUCGUUACGAGGUGGAGUGGGUGACGGAGUACGCCUGUCACAGAGACUAUUUGGAAAGUCACACCUGCAAACUGACCAGCGAACAGCACGACAUCUCCAUAGACCUGUCGCCUCUCACCAGGAGCUCUGCAGACCCGCUGUACUACGCACAUUCUGGACCCACCGACAGUCCUGAAAGCUACAUGUACUACCUGAACGUGUGCGGAGCGGUCCACACGGAGGAAUGCGCCGGAAAGGGAGAGUUCGUAUCGUCCUGCCAGGUGAAGAAAAGCGGAGACAUAAAGAAAGUGGCCGGAAGAUUCCAGAACCAGACGCUACGUUACUCUGACGGAGACCUGACUCUAAUCUACCCCGACGGAGAUCAGUGUUCGUCAGGCUUCCAGAGAAUGACCAUCAUCAACUUUGAGUGCAACAAGAAUAUAUCCGGACAGGGGAAUCCAGUCUUUGCAGGAGAGACCGACUGCACCUAUUACUUCGACUGGGAGACGCCGUACGCCUGCAUCAAAGAAAAGGAGGAUCUGUUGUGUCGGGUCAGAGACGAAAACAAACAUUAUGACCUUUCACCUCUUACCAGGUAUCCCGAGUCCAACAUCUCUGGGAACUGGGAGGCGGUCGAUGCUAAAUCCACGCAGGACUCCAAGCGUUUCUACCUCAACGUUUGUCACAAAGUCCUGCAGGUGGGAGGGGCCGCCGGCUGCCCAGAGGACGCCGCCAUCUGCGCCGUGGAUAAGAGUAACGGGCCUAUUAGCCUGGGAAGCUUCCUGUCGUCUCCACAGAAGACUAGAACAGGAAACGACAUCCGACUGGUGUACACCAACGGAGACAUCUGCAGCCACAAGAUCAGAACACAGACAAUUCUAACACUCAAGUGCAAACCAGGGGAUCAUGAGAGCGCUCCCGUCCUCCGCAGCGUUUCGUCUGAUGGUUGCGUCUAUGAGCUGGAGUGGUACACCGCCGCCGCCUGCGUCCUGUCAAAGACGCAGGGAGACGACUGUAAAGUGAAGGACGAACAGGCCGGUUUUUCUUUCGACUUGUCUCCUCUGUCCAAAGCUGACGGUGGUUUCUACAAUCUGACCAGCGGCAACUACGAUUACUACAUCAACGUCUGCGGUCCCGUCAAAGCCGCCAACUGUCCUGAAAAGGCUGGAGCGUGUCAGGUGGAGAAGAGUUCGUGGAGCCUUGGUGAAGCCAACUCCCAUCUGUUGUAUUAUGACGGCCUCAUCCAGCUGAUAUACAAAAACGGCUCCCAGUACAACAACAAACAACACACUCACAGAUCCACACUCAUAUCUUUCCUCUGUGAUCCAGAGGCCGGAGCUGGAAGACCCGAGUUCCAGGUUGAGGAUGACUACACGUAUAACUUCCGCUGGUAUACAUCUUACGCUUGUCCUGAAAGGCCUCAUGAGUGUUUGGUGACCGAUCCCGAUACUCUGCACCAGUACGACUUAUCCAGCUUGUCGCGCUCCUCCUCCAGGAGUAACUGGCAGGCCAUGGAUUUGUCCGACAUCGGAAACCGGAAGAAGUACUACAUCAACAUCUGUCGACCUCUAAACCCCGUCCUGGGCUGCGACCGCCACGCCUCCGUGUGUCAGAUGAAGUACACGAGUGACCAGGGGUAUCCAAAGGAGGUGGUGUCGGUCAGUAACAUGGGCGAGUCCAAGCGGGGGCCCAUCAUCGAGGGUCCGGACCGUCUGCUGUUGGAGUUCACCGACGGUUCCGUGUGCAUGUCUGACGGCCAGAAGCUGACGUACACGACUCAUAUCCGCCUGGUGUGCGACAGAGGGACAGUGUCGAAGGGUCCGCGGUUUCUGAUGUACCAGAACUGCACUGCCUUCUUCAUCUGGGAGACGAGAGCGGCCUGCGCCAUCAAAACCACCAACAAUAAUAACAGCUGUGCUGUAACCGACCCCAACACUGGAUUUCACUUCAACCUUCAGCCUCUUGCUUCUAAAACUGGAUAUAAAACAACUGCAAAUGGAAAAGAAUUUCUGGUGAAUAUCUGCUCAGAUGUAGCAGAGUGUGGUCAGGGUAUGGCUGGAUGUGAGCUGGAGGACGGACACCCCCUCAGCCCAGUGGGAGUGGAGAAGACCCUGCAGUAUUCCACCGACGGUCUGCUGACGCUCACAUACAAGGGAAACCUGGAUGCACCCACAGCGAGUCGGGAUACCUUCACCAUUAAUUUCGCCUGUGAUCGGAACGCUCACAACGGCUCCUUAAAGCUUGUGCACGAGGAGCUGAGUUCGACGGACAGCCACGUCGUCCACGACAUCCUGUUUGAGUUCUCCACGGCUCUGGCCUGUAUCCCCGCUCCGGUCAGCUGCCAGAUCAGCGAUUCCCACGGUAACGAGUACGACUUGAGUCAUCUGGCCCGUAACGAAGACGACACCCCCUGGAUCCCCAUCGACACCGACGGGGUCAAGUCUCGCAGGUUUUACAUCAACGUCUGCAGACCCCUCCCCUCUCUGCAGGACUGUCCCGUGGGACCUCUGGGCGCCUGUGGGGUCAUCAAUGGGAAAAGCUACAACCUGGGUUACAUCCAGUCCAGUCCACAGGUGGCCGAGGACGGGUCCAUCAGCAUCGUGUACCAGAACGGGGACCAGUGUGGACCCACUUCCCACUACAGCACACGCAUCGUCCUCCAGUGUGACGACAGCCCAAGUUCGCCCAUGUUUGAUCGUACAGACGGGUGUGAAUACGUCUUCAUCUGGAGGACGCGCGAGGCCUGUCCCAUCAGGAAGUACACAGGUUCCGAGUGUCGCGUUCGGGAUGAAAAAAGCGGCUACGAGUUCAACCUGAGUUCCCUGAAAGGCCACGAUUACGCAGUCGUAAGCGGGAAGUACACCUACCACCUGGCGAUCUGCGGGGGGCUGGAGGGGGACGUGUGCACCCACAAAGACCCCAGUGGUGCUGCAGUGUCAUCCUGUCAAGUGGACGGAAGUAACCACAAGAUCGCAGGAUAUGAAAGUCAGGUGCUCAGUUACAUCGAUGGCACGCUCCUCUUGAACUACACCAGCGGAGAGGUUUGUCAUAAGAUCUACCAAAGAUCCACAGUGGUUCACUUCUCCUGCCAUCCCGACAUGAUGCCGGGAACCCCAGAGUUCAUUAAGGAGACUGAAGAGUGCGUCUACAUGUUCCACUGGAGAACCGCUCUGGCCUGCAUCCCAGUCAAAACCACCAGCUGCUCAUACAAUGACGGUCAGGGCCACUCCUAUGACCUUUCACCCCUCGCGAUGGACUCCCAGAACUGGGAGGCGGAGCAUCGCACUGGCGGCAACCAGACCUUUUACAUCAACGUCUGCAGAUCUCUGGUUCAGCAGGGAGGUUCAUGGAACUGUCCGUCUGAUGCGGCGUCCUGUAUGAAGGAUGGAGACGAGUACGUGAGUCUGGGGCAGGUGGAGUCUGGGCCCACCAUGGAGAGAAACAUCCUGAAACUGCAGUACACCAGCGGCCAAACCUGUCCAGACGAAACCCGCAAGAGGACCACCAUCAUUAACUUCCAGUGUGACAAAGACAAAGUGGACUCACACCCCACUCUGAUCUCCGCCGUUCGGAACUGCGAGUAUACGUUCCACUGGUUAACCGCUGCUGCAUGUGCGCUGGACAGCAGCCAACACGACGGAUGCAGGGUCGUGAACCCAGCGACAGGUUAUCUGUUUGAUCUGAACUCACUGACAAAGACAGGAGGUUACACCGUCCACGACCCCAAAGACCCCAGAAAGAGUUUCAACAUGAACAUCUGCGGAAACAUCUUCAUCCCUGGAUGUAGCCCCGGGUCCGCUGUGUGUAUCCAAAAUGGCGGCGUUGUGGUGAACGCCGGUCUGGUCAACAAGAAGCUCUCGUAUAAAAAUGGAGUUUUGGAGCUAAAGUACGAAGGAGGAGAUCCCUGCCCGGCGAACCAUCAGCUCAAACACAACACUAUCAUCCAGUUCAUCUGCAGGCCUUCGCUGAUGACUUCAUCGCCUCCAGAGCCGGUUCUGAUCGAAUCACACGCCGACACCUGCACACACUCCUUCUCUUUCCACACAUCGCUCCUCUGUGAACAUCCCGUGAAGUGUUCAGUCCAGAACCAGUCGUCUCUCAUAGACCUGAGUCCUCUGAUUCACUGGAGUGGAUACUACACUGCGACAGAUGAGGCUGUGGAACAAAGUGAUGAAUCUCCAGAUUUUUAUAUAAACGUAUGUCGUCCUCUAAACCCCAUCCCCGAGGUCGCCUGCCCCCCCGGAGCUGCCGUCUGCAUCGACCCGGACGACGGCCCGCCGAUGGACAUCGGGCAGGAAACCAGCGGUCCUCAGAUCAACACUGCAACACGUGAGGUCUUCAUCACCUACAAAAGUUCAACCAAGUGUACGUCAGACCCUUCCAAGAACUACACGUCCACCAUCAUCUUCACCUGCCAGAGGGGCCUGGAGCUGGGCUCUCCACAAAUGCUGAGGCUGCAGGACUGCGUCUACUUGUUCGAGUGGGCGACGCCUCUCGUCUGCUCCGAUACCACGACCACCAGUGGGUGCCAGCUCACAGACUCUCAGCUCCAGUUCACCUUUGACCUGAUGCCCCUGUCCGGUGAAGUCCGGGUCCCAGCCGGCCCCAGCGUCUUCCACGUCAACGUCUGCGGCUCAGUGGCAGAACCCAGCUGUAAGAACAGCACCGUUUGUCAAGUGUCUGGAUCUGGAUCGGCGAUGACAGCGACUUCAUUUGGCAUCAGCAAAGCCAUGACCAUGGACUUCAGUCACGAGGACCAGGCUGUGGUCAUGCAGUACGGAGGAGGAGAUCCCUGCCCGGAAGAGUCCGCCAAACACCAGUCUUCCAUAUCAUUCGUCUGCAAUCAGACUGCCGGCCGAGGCUUCCCUGAGCUCGUCUCACAACCAGAGGGGUGUUUGGCCUCAUUCGAGUGGCAAACCAAUGUUGUUUGCCCCCCGAGGAAGAUGGAGUGUAAACUGGUCAGCCAGCAUCAGACCUUCGAUCUGCGAACCCUGUCUUCCCUCACAGAGCCGUGGAAGUUCAGCCACAAGAGAGACUCGUAUUUCAUCAACCUGUGUCAGGGUAUCCACGGUGGGUUAACGGGUUGUCCUCAAGGAGCCACUGUGUGUCGACACUCAGCAGACGGGACCACGCAGACUCUGGGCCGGGUCUACACUCAGAAAAUGAACUACACUGAUGGAAAGAUACUGGUCAGUUACACAGCAGGAGAUGAUGUCUGUGGAAACGGUGUCAAGGCCAAAACUGUGAUCCAACUGAGCUGUGGUUCCACCGUAGGACACCCCAAACUUAUCAGCAUGGAUAAGGCGUUGUGUGCGUUUGUGAUUGGCUGGGAGACUCGCUCGGCGUGUGCGGUGAAGCAGCGAGCCGUGGACAUGGUGAACGGGACCAUCCAGGUUCCAGACACUGGGGUCGUCCUCAGCCUCGGAGCAAUUUACUACAGCCAUCACGAAGCCUCUGGAGACAUCCGCCCUAACGGUGACCGCUACAUCUACCACAUCCAGUUGUCUGGCAUCACCAACAGCUCCCUGGACGACUGUCUGGGCGCCAACAUCUGCCAGGUCAAACAAAACGCUCAAUACAAUCGCAAGAUCGGCUCCUCCAGCAAAGCCAAAUACUACAUCAAAGGAGGAAAUGUGGACGUGAUGGUUCCGUCCGAGUCGCAGUGUGGGAGGGAGAAAACCAAAAUGGUGUCCUCCACCAUCAUGUUCCACUGUAACCCGUUAGCGGGCAUCGGUAUCCCAGAAUUCAUGUUGGAGACGGACGAAUGUCAGUAUCUGUUUGUGUGGCACACGGACGCAGUGUGUGGCCUGACUACCGUGGAUACUCAGUCGUACGAGGGCGACAGCACCGAGGCUCCGGCGCCGUCGAGGCGGAGUCAGGCCGUCGGAGUCGUACUCACCAUCCUGUUGGUCGGCCUUUCUGUUUGUCUGCUGGGAUUUCUGCUCUACAAACGAGAGAGGAGAGAGUUGGUGAUGCAGAAGGUGGCAGGAUGCUGCAGGAGAGGAAACCAGGUCUCAUAUAAAUACUCCAAAGUCAGCAUGGAUGAAGAAGGAGGUGAAGAGGAGAUGGAGUGGCUGAUGGAGGACCUCGAAGCUCCCCUCACGUCCACGUCCUCCCACCGUGGCAGGAGUAACCACGGUAACGGCCACAUCACCACCAAACCGGUGAACACGGACGGUCUGCGCUCCUUCUCGCUGGAUGAGCAGGACGACGACAGCGAGGAUGAGGUCCUGAGCGUCCCCGGGGUCCGGGUGGUGAAAUCCACCUCCGGGGUCUCCAAAACCUCCACAGUUCAUCGUAGCGCUUUCCUCCAGGAGGAGAGCGACGAGGACCUGGUCGGCCUCCUCGACGACUCCGACCGAAAGAGGAAGAGCAGCAAACCUCGCUCUUCGGGCCCGAACCAUGGUAACAGCACGGCAGCCAAUAGGAAACGGGACGAGGACGACAGUGACGAGGACCUCCUCAGGGUGUGAUGUCACUUCCUCCUCCCGCUUCCCCCCCACAUCCAAUCGGAACUCUUUUCUCUCAGUGAAUGUCUCCAUAAUAGCAACAACAACAGUCAGCGACAUAUUGAAAACCUUCUCUUCUCUUCUGGGACUUUUUUUUUUCAGUUUUUCCUGUUUUUUUUGUUGGACUACACCUUUUCUUGGCCUACUCAGACUUUCUCCAGUCCACUGUCUACAGACUGAUGACGUUAGCACAUGGUUUGUUAUUUAUUGAUAGCUGAUUCUUUAACACGACCCCCAUUAAAAUGAAUUAAUUCCAAAGCGAGUCGUUUAAAUAAGACGCUGAAACUCACCCUCGGAGGUUCACUGAUCUUCUCUUUUUUGCGUCCAGACUCUGCAGUGAGGCACGUCAAUGAAGGUGUUCACGGAUGUUAAAUUAUUAUUAAAUUAUAUCAGGUGGAUUCUCUAGUUGUGCCAUUACUUUAGCACUUUUUUUGGUUAAAGGGGCAAUUUGUAACUUUGAGAAUCAGUCAUUACGUUGCAUCAACAGAUGGAGGCAGUAUUUUACCACAAGAGUUGUUGUUGUUUGAGUGUUCGUUGCCAAACUACUGAAACAAAUGUGAUGUUUAGUUUAUGUUGUAGCUCGUUUAGCUCAGACCAAAGGAGCAGGAAAACACCGAAACCGUAACCGUGACACUUCAAAGGUCUUUUGGUGUGUUUUUUUUUUUUUUCUAGGGAUGCACCAGUGUUUGAGUUGGUUUUACACUGGUUUCAUGUUGUUUUGUUGCUAAGGGCUAACAUGCUACCUGCUAGCAGGCUAAGCUAACAGAUUAUAUGAAUGAACUUGACUGAAAUGACCUGUUGUUUAGUGUCCGCACCAGAGCUGCAACCGAUUAAUCGAUUAGGUGCUUGAAGUGAUUGCAAAAAAUCACGAUUCGAUUAAUCGACUCGAAUUGAU